AUGAUUGAUGAGCCGACGCAGAGCGAUGCCACGCUCCUGCUGAAGGUGGAAGAUCUCAUUCAUUUGGCCAUGGGGCCGAACGAUCAAAACGUUGUGAACUUCAAAUUGCUACAGACAAUUCUUUAUAUCCUGGCGCGUCAAAUGCGGCUGCUGGAUCAGAAGGUGGAGUUGAAACAGUCAGGGGACAGACGGGAAGAGUAUUCGGAGACUGUCACGGAAGAGGUAAGGAUGCUGACGCUGAACAGGAGGAUAAAAAAGGUCGUGGAAAGUCAGCUGAUAGAGAAGACGAAGAAGAAAAAAGACGUCGGAAAGAACGGGGCGAAUCCUCCGACGAAGAGACUGCAAAAAAGAGAGGAAAAGGCGCUGAUAGAGAAGGACCCGAGGGCAAAAGAAAAGGAGGCCGGGGAAAAGAUGAAAGUCCUGAAGGUAGAGAGAGAAAAGGGCGUGGCUAUGAUGAUGAGAGUGAUGAAGGUAGAGGGAAGAAAAAAAGAGGUCGAGGAAGAGAUGACGAAAGCCCUGAAGGUUCAAGAAAGGGAGGUCGGGGUUAUGACGAUGAGAGCGAUGAAGGUAGAGGAAAGGGUAAGAGACGUCGGGGAAGAGACGAUGAAAGCCCCGAGGGUUCACGAAAAGGAGGUCGAGGGAGAGAUGACGAAGGUCCUGAAGGGAGAGGAAAAGGUAAGGGAGGUCGAGGAAGAGACGAAAGUCCUGAGGGUUCACGGAAAGGCGGUCGGGGCGGUGGAAGAGAUGACGAAGGCCCGGGGGGAAAAGGUAAAGGUGGUCGGGGAGCUGGAAGAGAUGACGAAGGUGCCGAAGGCAGAGGAAAAGGUGGCCGAGGAGGUGGACGAGACGAAGAAGGUGCUGAGGGCAGAGGAAAAACUGGCAAAGGCCGUGGAAAAGAUGAUGAGGGCCCUGAAGGCAGAGGAAAAAGAGGAAAAGGUGGUGAAAGAGACGAAGAGGGUGAAGAGGGCAGAGGAAAAGGUGGUCGAGGUGGUGGAAGAGAUGACGAGAGUCCUGAAGGUAGAGGAAAGGGUGGCCGGGGUGGUGGCAGAUAUGAGCAAGAUGAGGGCCCAGAAGGUAAAGGUAAAGGUCGCGGUGCAGAGGGCCGAGGAAAAGGGGGUGAAGGUGCCGGGGGACGGGGAAAAGGAGGCCGAGGAGGAGAUGAAAGUGAUGAGGAGAGAGGAGGUAGAAAAGAUCGAAGGGGAGAUCGGGGACGGGAAGGAGAUAGGGAUGACAGUAGGGGAAGGGGAGGUAAAGGCGGAGAAGGGAGAGGUGAAGACGGGAAAGGAGGCACUGAGGGCCGAGGUAAGGAAAAAGCCGGUGAAGGUGGAUGGGAUGAAGAUGAUGAUGGUCGUGGAAAGGGAGAAGCUGCUCGAGGUAAAGGCAGGGCUGGAGAAGGUGCUGGAGGAGCGGGAAAAGGCGGAAAAGGUGCUGGAAGAGGCGGGGAAGGAGAGGACGAACGUGGGGGAAAGGGUGGGAAAGGCGGAAGGGGAGGAAGAGGAGGGGAGGGGUCGGACGAGGAAGAUGACGAAAGGGGCGGUGGAAGAGGCGGACGAGGCGCGGGAGGUGUGGGAGGCAAGGGAAAAAGACCGGCUGGUAUCGAUGAUAAAAGUGAAGCUGGCGAUUGGGAUGACGAGAGAGGAGGGAGGAAGGGAGGACCUGGUGGAGCGGGAGCGGGAGGUGCUAGGGGAGGCAAAGCAGGUGCAGGAGCAGGAAGGGCUGGUGCUCAACCUUCUGGAUCCAGCAUUGCUGUGUCAGAGAUCCAAGCCUCCCAAGGCUUCCGAACUUUGCUUAAUGAAACUAUAUCAAAUCAUUGUUUUCUUGGCAGAGAAAUUUCGAGACAAGGAUAAAGUUUUAGCCGGACCUGGGCCCAUGCGCGUGGGAUCCGUGGAGGUGGUAACUCAGAAGGAGUUCUUGACCCUGGCCAAUGCUGUGAAGGCUCUACAGGAGAAGGCAGGGCCUCUCCCCACCCCUACCCUGCCUGAUAACAAGAAGCUGCGCGAUGACAUCGUCAAAGGCAGUGCUUCGCUUAUGGACACCAUGCAGGCUAUGCGGCUCAGCGCUCGUGUGCAAGCAGCGGAGAAAGCGAUCGACACGAUGGCGGACCUGCUCACGCACCUGGCGUCGCAGGGCGUGCUGCCGCCCGAGGUGGCGCGCGCCGCCGAGCAGCUGCAUGAUGAGGUCAUUGCUGUACGGAGGGAGAUCGAGUCUGUAUCCGGGAAGGGGGGGGACGCUGAUAAGAAAGGAGUUAAACUAAAGGGUAUGGAGUCGAAGACGGGGGCGGGGGCUUCGCCCUCGGCCGUGUCGACGGUGUCGGGAGGCACCGCAGCCACCGGCCCUGGCAGCCGCUUCGGCCGCGCCGGUGGCGGACGCCUCUCCGUAGACUCCAGGGCUGGUGUCGCGCAUGGAGAACUUGACGAAGCGCUGCGGCAGAUGAAGGAGGACAUUAUGCAGAAUAUGAGCGCGAUGAUGAACCGCGCCACCAGCGCCGCCGACGCCGCCGCCCUGCAUGUCAAGUCUAUCUCGGAAAAGAUGGAGGUGGCGACGAAGCUGGACCACCGCGUGUCGACGCUGCACAGCCUGGUCAACGACUACGCGGAGCAACUCUCUGGCUUCGAUCAUGGACUCUCCACGCAGAUGGCAGGAUUCCACGAGCAGAUGGCUCAAAUGCGAACAGAUAUGACUUGUGGGCUGCAGCAACUUGAGCAAGUCAACAACAACGCUGAGACAGCUGCGGUGUUGGAGUUGACGGAGCGCUAUGAGGGUCUGGUGAGCGAACUGGACAGCACACUGCACGCCCACCAGGGGCUCACCACCUACCAGCGCGAGCUCUCCGACGAGCUGCGGAGUUUAGUUGAAGCAGUUGAAAUGAUGCGAGAGCAGAAGGCAGAUCGAGAUGAGGUCCAAGAUGGACUGAGAGAUAAGGCAGAUAGCUCCCGGCUGGCGGGUCUACUGACGGACGAGCAGUUCACGCGUGCGCGGGAGUCGCUCGAAGUGCGCAUGGAGAUGUGUUACGAUAAGUUCCGUAAACAGGAUCUCGUCUGGAUGGACGUAGUGCGAGACUUCGCGCGUGUGUCAGAGACGAAGGCCGAGCUGAUGCAGCUGCUGAGCAUCCGCGAGGAGGCGCAGCAGGAGCUGAGGGAACUCAACUGCAAGGUGAAGCAGCUCGCCAAGAUGCUCGGAGACCCCAAGGCGGCCAUAAUCACCCGCAAGCUAGCCAAAGACGCUACGUGCGCCGUCUGCAGGGUACCAGCACUGAUGGAGCCUCAAGAACCAGUGCAGCCCUUCAGCCUGCCAUACGCGCGGCCGCCGCCCGCCGGCGCCGCCGCCCCGGGCGAGGACGAGGAGGAGUGCCUGAAGGAGGUCCUUGAGGCAGAGGCUGAUGAGGCUGAACAACCGUCUCACUACUGCCGGCGCUGGGUGGGUGGGUCGCACACACUCAUAGGUCACGCUCCCGGGCUGGGCAGCGUGUCGAAAAAGAAGGCCCGAGGGUUCCCCUUCUCACACCCCUCCAAGAAAUACUUGGGCUACGGGAAUGAUGGCAAGCUGUACAAGUUGGAAGACGUGGAGCUGACCGUUCCCUGCGGCCCCUGCAACGAGGAGCCGAAAGACCUGGAGGUGGUCGAGGAGAAGAUCCCGGGGGAGACCGACACGGGCCAAGACGCGGGUGAAGGAGCCCAAAUGUCUCGACGAGUCACUCUGGUGGACGCGAGUACCGCACGUCGCGUGACUGUUGUCGAUGAUGGGGAGCUUAAGGAAGCGUUAGAGGCCGAGGUAGCCCUGGCCAGCCCUGGAGGCUCCCGACGACCCACGGUGACGGAGCCGGGGAUACAGCGACCCCACCUCAGUGAGGCCCCGAGGAACUCGCUGGAGGAGGAGUCGGUCAGAGCGCCGUCUGGAUCGACGUCCAGGACGGGGACUGAUGUCACUGAGGUUGCCGUGAGGGAUAUAACGGAGGCCGCAGCGCGCCCCUCUGUUGUCAUCGACCUGCCGGGCGACCGCCGAGCGACUAUCGUUGGCGACGUCGACACCUUCCCCUCUCUGGGCACCCGCGUCUCCACCAUGACUAGAGCUUCGGCGAUUGCUGUAGCACAAAUGUCGCGGCGCGGGACCGAAGUGGGAACAACGAUACAAGGCCACGUGACGACGAUGGGUGUAGACGAGGCGGAGAGGGAGGCGAUAAUCAAACAGAUAGCCGAGGAUAAAGCGGAGAGCCAGGCCAGGGCUGAGGGCGCGGCCGGCGGCGGCACUCCCGUCGAACCACAGGAGACGAAGGAAGAAGAGAAAGAAGAAGCCAAGUGAAGAAAUGAAGCAUGAAGAAAAUGAGAUCACGUCGAGGCUAUG